UGACCCGGUUCCGUCUACGUGAAUCUUUGGGGACUUCGAAGUGGAGACUGAGCUGGAAGAAUAUGGAACUGGGGUCAUCCUUAAAGGUAGUGGCAAGGCAAGCUUCACCAAUGUCAUCGUAACUGUUCGUUUUGAGGACGUGCCCCAAGCAUAUAAACCAGGAAUUGCAUACGAGGGGAAGAUCAAGGUGACCGGUCCCGACUCUAGUCCCGUUCCCUAUGAGCCUGUGUAUCUCUUCCUACAAAACGGUGGCAAAUCUGAGAACUGGACUCUCACCACAGACAGCAAGGGCAUUGCUUCCUUCUCUCUAGACACUUCUCUAUGGAGUUCUGAUUCUGUCUCUCUGUCGGCUCGUUAUCAAAAGGUUGAGGAGGAUUAUCCGUACGAGCAGGGUGUGCGUAGACCAGAAUAUUCAUCCGAUUACCACUUCACAAGAGAAUUUUAUUCUAAGAGCAAGAGCUUUGUGAAGAUAAUGCAGGGCGAAGGGAAGUUCUCCUGUGAGAAGGACGGUAUUGUUCUUGCUCACUACAUCAUCCAAGGGGUGGAGCUGAAAAAGGGACAGACGACCCUGGACUUUUUCUAUCUGGUUAUAUCUAGAGGCAGCAUUCGGCAGCACGGCCGUCUUCCUGUGACCAUUAAAGAAAGAAAAGUUAACCAAGGGCAGCUGAUGCUCUCGCUGCAGCGGAUGCCUGAGCUGACCCCUUUUGCCCAGGUAGUGGUGUACACCGUGUUGCCUGAUGGGGAGGCAGUAGCAGACAGCCAAGACUUCCCCAUUCACCUCUGCCUUAAAAACAAGGUGUCCCUGAAGUUCUCGUCCCUCCAGGAGUUGCCAGGGGAGAAGACCUCUCUGAGCCUCCAGGCCCACCCAGGGUCUCUGUGUUCUCUCAGGGCCAUCGACCAGAGUGUGCUCCUGCUGCAGCCUGAACAGGAGCUCAGCCUAGACUCUGUCUUCAGUCAGCUGCCUGUUCAGAAGUUGUCUGGAUAUUCAUACAUGGUAGAAGACCCCUACCCAUGCCUUCAAUAUCCUCCAAGAUUUGAAGAGGCGAUGAUUAUGCCCCUUCCACCUGUACCAAAAUUGGUCGAUGAGUUGGUUGUACCUGAUUGGGGGAGACACUCAUUCAGGUUUGGCCCCAGCGACGACAAAAACGAUGUCUACAGCAUCUUUAAAGAAGUUGGAAUCAAGAUCCUGACCAACUCUGACGUGAAAAAACCUUACCACUGUAUUAUACCCUUUUCAAUGGAAUAUGACGCUAUUCAAUUUAAAUCAGUAGAAGAAAUUGAUGCUCCAGUGUCAAUGGCCAACAUGAUGCCAGAGACCUCAGCCGCUAGAGCCUCUGACGGGCCUAAGGAGACCGUCCGCACGUACUUCCCUGAGACCUGGAUCUGGGACCUGAUUCCUGUGGGACAUACAGGAAAAGUGAAUGUUGAGAAGACUGUCCCAGACACCAUCACUAAGUGGGCUGCAGGGGCGUUCUGUACUUCCCCAGUGGGUUUUGGCCUGGCUCCCAACACUGGCCUCACUGCCUUCCAACCCUUCUUUGUGAGCCUGACGCUGCCCUACUCUGUCAUCCGGGGGGAGAUGUUCACACUCAAGGCCACAGUGUUCAACUACCUCUCCAAGUGUAUCAUGGUGAAGGUGACUCUAGCUGAGUCGAACCAGUUCAUAGCCAGGCCAUGUGAAGGCUGCCAGUACACACUGUGUCUGUGUGCUGAAGAGAGCAGGACCUUCAAGUGGAUCCUCACCCCAACUGCUCUAGGGGAGGUGAGUGUGAAAGUGAGCGCCGAGGCAUUGAAAACUGAGAAGCUCUGCGGCAACGAGGUGGCCACGGUGCCAGAGAAAGGACGUAUUGACACCGUUGUGCAAACACUGCUGGUGGAGGCUGAGGGAACCCAGGAGACGGUCAGCCACAACGCUCUGCUCUGCCCUGCAGAGGGCCCAGUGGAGAAGGACAUCUCUCUGAAGCUGCCUAAGGUGUUUGUGGAAGGCUCUGCCAAGGCCUCCCUCUCAGUACUGGGUGACCUGAUGGGUCGGGCCAUGAAGAACCUGGACAGCCUGUUGCAGAUGCCCUAUGGCUGUGGAGAGCAGAACAUGGUGCUUUUUGCUCCCAACAUCUACAUCCUCAACUACCUGCAAAGCACCAGGCAGCUCACCAAGGAGAUCCAGACCAGGGCCACAGGCUUCCUAGACAGUGGCUACCAGAGAGAGCUCAACUACAAGCAUGACGAUGGCUCCUACAGUGCCUUUGGGAAGAGCGAUGAGUCUGGAAACACGUGGCUCACCUCCUUUGUGCUGAAGUCCUUUGGAGGGGCCAAGCCCUACAUCUUUGUGGACCCCGCCCACAUGGCCCAGGCCAAGGCCUGGUUGGCCAGUCACCAGCAGACGGAUGGCUGCAUCGCGUCAGUGGGCAAACUCUUCCAUAACGGCAUGAAGGGAGGUGUUGGGGAUCAAGUGUCACUCACUGCCUACAUCACCGCUGCACUGCUGGAGCUGGAUGGCAACACUUCUGACCCCAUGGUGGAGAAGAGUUUGAUGUGUCUGAAGGCAGCAGUGUCUGACAAGCUGGAGAACACCUACACCAUAGCCCUGCUAUCUUACACCUUCACCCUGGCCCAAAACCAGGAUAUGAGGGCCAAGCUCAUCACCCACCUGGACAAGAUAGCUGCUACCUCCGGUGGCAAUCGUCACUGGGAGAGACCAGAGGCUUCUGGGACAAAGACGGACUCUCUGGAGGUGGAGAUGACAUCCUAUGUGCUGCUGGCGCUGCUCUCCGGUCCCACCAUGCCAGGCUUUGGGCUGGACUACUCUACUGGCAUCGUCCGCUGGCUGGCCCAGCAGCAGAACCCCUACGGAGGAUUCGCCUCCACACAGGACACAGUGGUUGCACUGCAGGCCCUGGCCAAGUACGGUGCUGCCACCUUCAGUCCAGAGGGCGCCAGUACAGUCAGUGUGAGCUCGGCCGGCGGCCUGAAGAUGAAGUUUACUGUGAAUCAGAACAACAGGCUGCUCUAUCAGGAGGUUCAGCUGAGGGAGGUCCCUGGGGACUACAACAUCAAGGCACAGGGCAAGAGCUGCGUGUUUGUGCAGAUCGCCAUGCACUACAAUAUUCCCCCUCCUCCUGACUUCUCUGCUUUCAACAUCUCAACACAGACGCUUGGGAAAUGUGACGGCACCAAGAAAUCUCUGAUCGUGUCUGUGGAUGUCAGGUACAAUGGUCGGCGAGAGGAGACCAACAUGGUGAUCAUCAAUGUCAAGCUUCUCUCCGGCUUCGUCCUGGACAAGUCCUCCCUCGGGCCUUUGAAAAAUGACCCCACUGUCAAACGUGUUGACCUGGAGGAAGGACAUGUCAUCAUCUACCUAGAUGGGCUCAAGCAGAAGGAAACAAAGACGUACAGCCUGGCCAUAGAGGAGGAUGUGCCUGUGAGGAAUCUGAAACCAGCUGUGGUGAAGGUGUAUGACUACUACCAGACAAGUGAUGAAGCUGUGAGUGAAUACAGCUCCCCGUGUGCAGAGUAGGUGAUCGUCAAUGAAGUGUGACAGACAGCCGAUCAAGCUGACUGGACCUGGGCUCAGCCAAUUGCUUUCCUAUUUAGGAAGCACCUUUUUUUUUUUUGGCAGAGCUCAUAAAAUGGAGGGGUUCUAUUUGGUGCUUACAGUUCCUGGUUACACAUUGACCAACUUGUAAUCUGUUUAACAUUAAGUGAACACAAUUAAAUAGCUGGGCAUUAAGAUUUUACCUCGACUUCUGUUGUAAUCCUGCUAAAGUGAUUGUAGUGUUUCUACUGCAAAUUGAAAUGUUAAUAAAACCAUGCUAUGGAUUCAAAACAAA